AUGGAGGAGAACGCAUUCCUGAGCGACUUCUUCGGCUGCGUCGGUUUUCUUCCCCUAACCACCAAGAGUCACAUCCGCGAGACGAUGGUGAAGAUCAUGAGAUCCCCCGCCUCUCUUCAGCAGUCAGCGGUUGAGGCCGAUUGCGACGACGAAAGAUCUUACGAUGCAAUCGCACGAGGGGCGCAUUGGAUUCAGGCCUCGGAACGGAAUCAGCUUCCUAGGGACCCGUCGACAUGCACAUUCUGGUGUGCAAUUGCUCUGGGGGCGCUCGCCGAGGGCAGUCCUAUCCAGUCGGUGUACAAGUACUCUGAACUGGCACAAGAAGCUCUGGCUACGAGCGGUUCCGGUCCGGCAAACGUGGAGGUCGCAAAGGCAUGGGUGAUUCUGGCUUACCUGUGCUGCUUCAUGGAAGACAUGGUGGGGUUUCAGGAUUAUUUGGCUCUUUCGGACGCCUUCGUGACGAGGUGUAUUGAGCAAGGGUCCGCCGAUAUGCUUCCAGUGGGCUUCGCCGAUAUUGUUAAGCUCAAAUAUGCCGCCCUCUCUUCCUGCGGACAGCAGUGGCAGAUGAAGUCGUACAGGUCCAAAGAGCAAGCUACCCCGCCGCAGUUGAAUGAAGCUUUGACGGAGGUCGAGCUUUAUCAAUAUGUCGCUCAGUCGUACAGAGCGUAUGAGCAAAUUCUCCACGAAACAGUGACCAAGCAAAGCGCGACGGCGUGCGAAACUUCCUGCGAGGCCGCGCCUGAUGGCAGAUCAGAUGGUGUCCGCGGGGCCGACCACGUUCUUCUGCCUCAGGAGGUGUCGGAAGCUAUUGGAACGGUGUUCGAGAGUCUGGGGCUUCUGGGUUCUUGA